UGACAGACCGACCGCGGUCAAAAAAUGUCGGUUUGUGUUUAGUGGGCAGGUACAAGUGGACUGCACUUAUCCACUUUAUAAAUUUGUUUUAUUUUGAUUAGAAUCCUAGAUUUUAUGUAUAUUUUAUCUAGUUUGAUAGGUUUAGAAACAGUUUUGCACUUGAUUAUGAUGUUUCACUAAUACGUUAUGAUAGUAAGCCAUUUAUUUCAUUCUAAAUGACGACUCGUCUAUUUGUGAGCUAAACGUCUAAAAAUGUUAGAAUAGAAUGAAAUAUUGUGAAGAGUGUUGAACUCAGUCUUCCUGACUUAAACAAGCUGAAGGGAGUCUUCGAGAUGUGUGACAAGCCGAACUCAGUGCGGUUGGACCAGGAAAUCGCUGAUCGAUUGAAGCAUGACCACCCGGAACAAUUUCUUACGCUAGUCAGGAUGCACUUAUCGUUCGAGCUGGAUUUGAACACAGAUACCGAAAAUGAUCCUGCUAGCUUGGAGAAGGUAAAAGUAAAGAAGUGGAAAGGAUUUCACAAGAAGGCUCGAGGAUGUGCAUCUACAAAAUCAAAUUCACCGGAAACGGCCAAAACAGUGUUAACUACCCAAAACAUCCGAGUUGUAAGGCAGCUAAUAGAUUUUCUCAUACAGGACAAAAAUAUAUCUCAAGAAGGUAUUUUCCGAAAAACUGGUUCGCUACAACGACAAAGUGAACUUAAAAAUGCUCUUAUUCAUGGAGUUCCUAUCAAUUUGGAGAAUGGAGACUUCACGGCUCAUGACUGCGCAAGCGUUCUAAAAAACUUCCUAGCUGAUCUCUCUGAGCCCCUUUUGACUGAACAUUACUAUCCAGCAUACUGCCAAGUGGCAGAUUUUUGUCACUCUAAAGAUUCGAUAGCUUUUCGGGAAGAACGAUUACUGCAUGUUAUACAGCUUCUGGUACUUUUACUUCCCAAGGAGAACAAUAAGCUUUUAGAAUGUAUAAUUGAAAUGUUAUAUAAAACCGUGCAGCACGAAGGCACCAAUAAGAUGUCUGCGGAUAAUUUAGCCACAGUUUUCACGCCACAUUUAAUAUGCCCCCGAAAAUUGUCCCCAGAAGCUUUACAUGCCACCACUCAGCAAAUGUUUGGUAUAAUAAGUUUUAUGAUCAAGACUGGACCACGGUUGUUCCACAUUCCACCCAAACUGGCAACGGACAUUCGGGCUUAUUUUGUGGAGCGAAAGCGGCGCAAAACAAUGUCCCCGGAGCACAUACUGGAUGAAUCGGUAACAUCAGAUUCCGUAGCAAAUACGGUUUACACUUUCGUCGAUCGCGAGAAAACGGCAGAAGCACACGUCCAGAAUUCAACCGAUACUGCCCUGGCUCAACUCUAUGCGCACAUUCAAAGUCUACCGGAAUCCUCCAAAAAGAAAAAGCUUAUCAAACAGUUCAAUCGUGAAAAUGGACACGGUACGCCACUGCAAGUGCUGAUGCUAAGAGAGAAGAAUUCCAGUGGUUCGAGUAACAAAAUGGUUAAAUCUUUCGGUGAUUCGAUAAAGCGACAUAUUUUCCACAAGCAUCCGAUAUCUAAGACUCCGAAACGAAAUAGUCACACUCCAGUUAGUAUACAGACUCCAAAUGGGUCAACCCCGCUCAUUCCCAAGCAGCGAGUUCUAUUCCAGAGUCCACUACCUGCAACAGUGGAUUCUCCUGGAAUGUUAGGAAAGCGAUCUUCUUCCACGUCAAUCUCGUCAUCGUCGUCAUCUUUAGAGGGUAUCGCUUCAAGCUCAUAUUCCCAAUCGCCCGCAUUGUCGUCCAUAGUCAAACGAAGCAAUAGUUCCACGUCUAGCACUUCGAUGGAUUCGUAUCGAUGUACCACCAAAGAACCCGUCGUUUCAUUAGAGUUAGUUGAAGAAGAUGAUGUGAUUGUCAAACGAUUUCGACUGAAUCCGGACGAUGAACCUCCACCACCCGAGGACGAUGAAGAUUUCGUUGAACAAGAAGAUGAUGAUAUCGGUGACGAAGACGAUGACAGUCACGAGAUUCACGACGCAGAAGGCAGAACGCUUAGCGAUAACGAAGAAGAUAGAUACUGCUCACCUAAUUUGAGUGAUAGUCGGUCAAAGUAUAAAUCGGAACCGAACUUGAGCUCGAUCAUGCAGGAAGAUCGCCACGAUCGAGGAAGCAAGGAGAAGAAAAUGUCUUUCUUGAAAAAUAAGCUCAUCAAAGGUGUAUCGAUGGGUAGCCUUCGAUUUCCAUUCGGUCAGGAUCACAGAUCUGGCAAAAAGUGCUCUUCGGCGUCGUUGCUCAAAUGUUGCUUCGAGGAUAACUUGAGAAGCGCGAGGAAAUCGAUAGGGGGUAGUGAAGAGAGUUGUCGGAUUAUUGCAGUUUCGAAGCUUCUCGGUAAUACGAAAUCGUUUCCCAAUGAGGACUACGCACAAACGGUAAACGAGAACAAUGCAAACCUAGAGGUCAACGCGUGGAACGUCGGAUACCUGACGAGUACUCCGGCGAUUAACGGUAGGAACUCGAUGUCACCGAUCACCAAAUCUACUCAACGGAUGCCCAAAUCGAUGCAGGAAUCGAUUAUGACCCCACGCUCCCGCAAGCCGGUAAUGCUGCUGGCGGGAUUGAACACCGCUGAUCAACAACAUACCACCUACACCAGUCAAACAAGUUUUUCCAGCUUGCGAGAGGAAGAUGAAGACGACGUUACGUCGGAACCACCACUGAAACCAUACCCGAUUACCGAUAACGCAUCGCAGCAUACGAAUAGCGGAUUGGACCAUAACGGCGGUUCGGUAGUACAAGGUACAGAUGAAGAAGGAAGUUCUUUGACAAGUACAUUCAGGGACUAUCUUCUGAGUCGUAGCGUUAUGACGGACAGCCCGGCAGAUUUGUCGUUUUCAAGCCAGUCGGACGAUUAUGACUCCGAUGCUGAUUUGGAGCAUUUGAGCGAAUCAAAAAUGAGCGAAAGUCUACUGUUUUGUAUGAACGGAAAUACGCCCGAUGAGGACAAUGAAACGAUCAUUGGUGCUCGAAGUGUUAGUGCUGAACAGCUGAAUGAAGCUGGUAAAGAUAGCGAACUACCCAACAAAUCGGAACUAGACGAAACGUCUCUAUGACGAGGCGUUGCUUUCAGAAUGGACAUAUGCUGGAGGUAUUCUUAGUUUUUUCAGCAAGUAAUCAAAUAUAUGGAACUUACUUAAACCUA